UUUAUUCCCCUAGCUGUGAGUUCCUUCACGUCAAAGUCUGCCACUCGUUCAGGUAUUUGAUAACAGUCGUGUUUCUGUGGGUGUAUUAAGGGACAACAUGAUGUAUCUAUGCCCACAAAACAGUGGCAAUGUCAAGCGUAUGAUAAGAGAAGUAGGGCACUUUAGGUGACCGAGUUGUGUAAGCGCCAAGAGGUGACCUAGCCCUCACAUACCCUCACUGUGGCACUACGAGGUGCUGACAGGAACAAUGGCCCGGAGUGGUCGGAGCAGAGUGGUGGUGAUAAACCAGCGGGGUGAGAGUGACCUUAGCUCUUGAUUGGGUAAUCUGCGAACAGCACCAAAGUCAUGGGUAGAGUGGCCUUUAUCGCAACCACCCUGAUUGGAGUGGGCUUUGAUGUUAUGAGAAGCUUGCGCUCUAAACACAACGCGUGUGCACACCUGACUACACACAAGUAGUCACACACGGUUAUGAUAGUUUAGUGUGUGAAUUAUAGCAAAGUCAUGCAAUGCACAAACGAGUGACAGAGCAAAAACAAAGGUUUCUUUUGGAAGAGAGAGAACGUUAAUACAGGAGCCAUUUACACCGGAAGAUCAGUUCAAUCCUGAGCGCCAACAGUGGGUUUGCGGUAUUAUAAUUAGGCUUCUCUUGCUGUUCUAUCUUCUGUUGGAAUAGUCUCCACAUGGACCGGAGACCUAGCGUGGCCUCUCUUGAGGAGCAACUGCGAUGCCCCGUAUGUCUAGAGGUGUUCACCGAGCCUCUGAUGCUUGAGUGCGGACACUCCUACUGCCGCACCUGCGUCCGCUCCCUGGACCUGGACCCGCUGGGUCAGCUCCAGUGCCCGGUGUGCCGCUGCUCCGUCGACGGCCUGAGCCCCCCGCUCAACCACUCGCUGGCUCGCCUCGUCGAGUCGCUGCGGGAGGUGAAUCGGCCGGGCGACGCCCCGUCCGAAAGCUGCGCGCAGCAUAACAACCCUCUCAGCCUGUACUGCGAGGAGGACCAGGUGGUCAUCUGCGGACUGUGCGGCAGCAUCGGAGACCACCGCGCCCACAAGGUCACCCCCAUCAGCAGUGUCCACAGCCGCAUGAAGGAGGAUAUUUCCAGUCUGAUGACAGAGUUUCAGAGCCAGAGGCGGAAGCUGGAGGAGCAGAUCUGUAAAAUGGCCUACAACAAAUCUCGCAUCACCAACGAGUCAGACGUGCUGAAGUGGGUGGUGCGGAAGGAGUUCGGCGAGAUGCGGCGCUGCCUGGAGCUGGAGGAGGCGGCCUUCAUGCAGCGGGUGGAGAGCACCGCCUCCGCCCUCAUCGGCUCCAUCCAGAGCCAGGCCGACCACAUGGGCACGCUGCUGGCUCGCUUCCAGGAGGCAGAGGGCACGCUGGACGCCCUGAGCAAUGAGAGCCACCUGACCUUCAUCACGAAGUAUGGAUCGAUCGCUCCAAGAUUUAAAGAGGGUCAGCAGCGGCAGCAGAGAGAGGAGCGGAUCUACAGCUCCAUAAACUUUGACCCCGGCUUCAAGCACAACGACAUCAAGAUGGCCGUGUGGAAGAGGCUCCAGAGGAGGGUGCUGCCAGCCCCCGCUCCUCUGAAGCUGGACCCCCUCACUGCCCACCCCAUGCUGCACCUGAGCGCCGACCUGACCGCGGUGGAGUGUGGCGCCCCGCUCUGCCGCCUGCCCAACAACCCUGAGCGCUUCAGCUACAGCUACUGCGUGCUGGCCGGCCGCGGCUUCUCCUCGGGAAAACACUACUGGGAGGUGCGCGUGGGUGCCAAGCCAAAGUGGCGCUUGGGCCUCAUCAAGGACAAGGCUGGGCGCAAGGCCAAGCUGCCCAAGAGCCCCGAGGCGGGCGUGUGGCUCAUCGGGUGCAGGGAGGGCCGCGUGUACGAGGCCUUCACCGCGCCACGGGUCACCCUGCCGCUGGCGUCGCCGCUGGAGACGGUGGGUUUGUUCCUGGACUACGAGAGGGGCGAGCUGACGUUCUUCGAUGCGGGGAGCCCCGACGAGCUGCGCCUCCUCUACUCGUUCCAGGCCGAGCUGCAGGGAAAGGUGUACCCGCUGGUCGACGUGUGCUGGCACGAGCGCGGAACCAACAAGCACCCCAUCACUCUGCUACAGCCUCACACGCAGCAGGCCUGAGGGACAUCAACUAGAACCAGAACCUACUCUCAGAGGUACAGGCCUCAUCAAGAACCAGAACUUCUCUCGCAGACACGGGACUGAGGGACCAGAACCAGAACCUUCUUUCAUAGACACAGGCCUGAAGAACUAGAUCUACAACCAGAACUUUCUUUCAUAGACACAGGCCUGAAGAACUAGAUCUACAACCAGAACUUUCUUUCAUAGACACAGGCCUGAAGAACUAGAUCUACAACCAGAACUUUCUUUCAUAGACACAGGCCUGAAGAACUAGAUCUACAACCAGAACUUUCUUUCAUAGACACAGGCCUGAAGAACUAGAUAUACAACCAGAACCUUCUUUCAUAGACACAGGCCUGAAGAACAAGAACUAGAACCAGAACUUUCUUUCAUAGACACAGGCCUGAAGAACUAGAACCAGACUGUUCUCUGACAUACACAGGCCUGAGGAAACAAGGCUACGUAGAACCACAACCCUCCCUCACAGGCACAGGAUUAAGGAAGAAGAGCUAGAACCAGAACCUUCUUACAUAGACAGAGGCCUGAAGAACUAGAGCUAGAACCAGUAUCUCCCCUCACAGACAAGGGGGCAUCUCCAGAGGGCAUCUCCAGGGGGCAUCUCCAGGGGGCAUCUCCAGGAUGGCACUAGAUCUACCAACGCCUCUACAGAGCCUAGAGAGAGAAAAGCGUUUUUUCCCGUAAGAUCAACAUUAUGAUCAUUUUAGCCUCAAAUCAUCACAUUCUCUUUGUACACUUGGAAUAUUUACUCUAUGAGUUACACUGUAAACACGGAGUAGGCUAAUGAUGUGUGAAAUCACUUGCUUACAGUGAUGCGUAUUGAAGGACAUAUGAAUGCAACAUGUUUCUCUGGCAUUGUUAAGAUUGCCUUCUCUUUAUCAUGAGAAGCAUAAUACAGACUUUCAAAAACAUCAGCAUUUAC